AUGAUCAAGGUCGCAAUCGUCACCGGCGCAUCAUCCGGCCUCGGCCGCGCUAUCUCCAUCGCAUACUCAAAGCAGGGCUGGAGCGUCGUUUGCGGAGAUCUGAGUGGCCAGAUUCCAGUCGGCGAGUCGCAAACAACUGUCGACCUAAUCAACGAAGCGCAGCUCGGACGAGCGAUAUUUGUCUCAGUCGAUGUUAGCGACUCCAAUAGCGUUCAGAACCUCAUUUCCACAGCAGUCUCUCAAUAUGGCCGACUGGAUGUGAUGGUCAAUAACGCGGGGAUAUCUCUAGAGUCAUACAACAAGCUCGGUCCCAAGCCAAUUACAGAGACUGCCGACGCUACGUUUGACCAGACAAUGGCAGUUAACACGAGAUCCGUUUUCCUGGGUUGCAAAUAUGCCAUCCGCCAAUUCAUGACCCAGCCGCUGUUGGCAUCGGGGAGCAGAGGCUGGAUCAUCAACACCUCCUCUGUUUACGGUUUGAAGGCGGAGACUGACCACGCAAAGCAGCGGUCAUACAUAUGA